CUAUAAAGAGGGGGCGGAGAGCCGCGUCUCACUUCAGUCUGGGACUAUCGGAGAUAACGGACACAACAUCCGUUUGCCUUACACCCGUAGGACUGUACCACGUACAUUAAACCUUUUACAACCAGAUUCAAGUAUUGCAUCGUUUGAGAGGGGCAGGAAUGUCCGAAAAGAAGUCCCGAAACUCAGACACCCGGCCCAAGACCCUGCGCAGCUGGAGUGCAGACAGUUACGUGUGGAGCAGCAAGAAGCGCUCGCGCACCGCGCGGGCCGACAACCGCGUCUGGUGCGAUGAGGCCGAGGGCCCCGAGGACCAGGGAGCGCGCUCGGCGUCCUGCUCGCGCCGCCGCAGGGACAGGAAGUGCAGCUGCUCGCUCCUGGCCGAAGGCGGCGGCGACCUGGACGUGCCCUGCAGGAAGGUGCUGUCGCGGCGCUCCCUGCGGCAGAAGUUCCAGGACGCCAUGGGCCAGUGUCUCCCGCUCCGCACGCACCACCACCACCACCACCAUCACCACCACCACGCGCCGGGGGCCGCCCGCCCCUUCUCCGUGCUGCUGUGGUCCAAGCGGAAGAUCCACGUGUCCGAGCUCAUGGAGGACAAGUGCCCCUUCUCCCCCAAGUCCGAGCUGGCCCAGUGCUGGCACCUCAUCAAGAAGCACGGGGCCCACAACAGGCUGGCCCUGGGGUCGUCCGCCGCCGAGCGCAAGGCCUCCUCGCUCACGGGCACGGCCCCCUCCUCGCCCCCGGCUCUGAUCUCCUGGGAGGAGAUGUCCUCGCAGUGCUCCUCCCAGAGGACCCACAGCCUGGACGACUGGGACCCGUCGUGUCGCGUGGGCAGCGACCCGGACGACUGCUGCUCCGACUACACCGACUACAUCCUGGUGCCGGACCUGCUGCAGAUCAACAACAGCCCGUGCUACUGGGGCGUGCUGGACCGCUUCCAGGCCGAGGAGCUGCUGGAGGGCCAGCCCGAGGGCACCUUCCUGCUGCGCGACUCGGCCCAGGACGAGUUCCUGUUCUCGGUCAGCUUCCGCCGCUACAGCCGCUCGCUGCACGCGCGCAUCGAGCAGAGCGGCAAGCGCUUCAGCUUCGACGGGCGCGACCCGUGCAUGUACCAGGACCCCAGCGUCACGGGGCUGCUGCGCCACUACAGCGACCCGGCCACCUGCCUCUUCUUCGAGCCGCUGCUGUCGCGCCCGCUCCCCCGGACCUUCCCCUUCUCGCUGCAGCACCUGUGCCGCGCCAUCGUGUGCAGCUGCACCACCUACCAGGGCAUCGAGGCCCUGCCGCUGCCCGGCUCCCUCAGAGACUAUCUCAAGCAGUACCACUUCAAGUGCACGGGAGCCUGUGCCAUCUAAGGUGCUGGGACACAAGACUCAAGGGUUUUUUUUGCUGUUCAUAAGGAUAUGUGCAAAAUGGAUGGUGAAAAAUGAGAGAAAAAGAGAGAAAGAAAAGAGAGAGAGACAGACAUCAGAAUGUACACACACAGUGUGCUUUGACAUGCUAUCCAAGGUUUUUGUGAUGCGGCACUAGCUAUUCGCUGUGUCUUACAAAUAUGGUGUUCUACUAAAUGGGCCAACAUUUCAGAUCCAUUUUGAGUGUUAUAGGAUUUAAUGGUACAGGUGACACAGUAGUUUUGGUGAAAUACUGGCAUCUGAUCAUUACUGACUGUUUCAGACAUGCUAUCCACUAUCCAGCAUGUAUUUGUAAAUGGGUGCUUUCAAAUAAGCACAAAUCUCAAGUGAUUGAGCUUCUAUUCCAAUACCAAUACGUUGUAAACAUAUACAUCUUUCAUAAAACAUAUAAUUACUUGAUUAUUCUUCACACAAAAAAAAUCCACACUUUGCCUCUAAAUACUGUUUAUUCAUGAGAUGUAUGGAAGGUGUAGCAUGGCAACAUUCCACUAGAUGGCGGUACUAACAAAUGAUUCAGAUUGGCCAUUGCUGUGAAUGAUACUGAAGGGCUAUUUAAGGGAUUCUCGUUGAUUUUUUUUGUAAAAUCUUAAGAAAUGUUCCAGUACUUUCACUGUCUUACAUUAAACUUUAAACAUUUUUCGAAGGCGAAAGUAACAUGUUUAAAGGUGCCGAUAGGUAUAGUUGAAUUAUUAUUUGGAAUAUUCAAAUAGGCUGUUAACUCCUUUUCCAUUUAAAAGUUUGGAGGCAUAUGCAUAUAUCCUUAACCAUAAUUUCUGAUUAUUUCCAGAGUUUAUGAAGAGCUCUUUUCCAAAAUGCUAUACCCACCAUUAUAUUGCAUUUUCAUUCUUUUUUUAAAUUUUGUUUUCCAAGUAAUUUCACUGGAACUGUAUUUGGGUUGUUGUUACGUUUAUCUUUACUCAAUCAAAACAACACUACUGUACUUUUUGUAUUACCUGAAAUAUGCAAUGAAAUAACAUGACUUAUUAACGUUUUCAAAAACAAAUGUAUAGCGUUUUGGAAAAGAGCUCUUUAUACAUUAAACCUCCCUAGUCCCUCCACUACAGGAGCAUAGUAGGUGGAUUUAACAAUGUGAUCUCACAAUAGCACUAGACAUAUUAGAGAAAACAUUGUAUCAUCCACUGAGAUUGUGCCCAUAUGAAUGCAUCCAAUAAACA